UCAUCAUCAAACUAACGACGAAAGGCACCAAGAACAGGAGGAAGACAUUCGCCAUCUCCUUCAGCGCGACCGCGAUCGGAGCGAAAGAGGGCGUCAAGCAUUUCCGUCUCCGAUUCUCUCUCGGCUUUUGCCUUCUUCGGCUUCUCAGUCUCUCUCUCUCUCCCGCUCGAUCGAUCGCCCGCCGAUGGCCGCUCUCCCGUCGAUUCUACUCGUGGCCUUCGUGCUUCCCCUGUCCAGCUGCUCCGCGGAGAGCAGCCGCAAGGAGCUCAGGGAUAAGGAAGUUGACAGGAACAUGGUCAUUGCAACGGGGAACUCAUUGAUUUCCAACAGAAUUAACCCCUCACGAGUUGUCCAGCUCUCGUGGCGACCAAGGGUCUUUUUGUAUAGGGGUUUUAUGACAGAUGAAGAGUGUGAUCACCUUAAGUCGUUGGUCCAUGGUACAAAUGAGAACAUGAGGAGGGAUGGUGAUUUGGAGAAAGUUGCUACUCAAAGGCGUUUGUUGAGCUCUAAAAUUCCAUUAGAUCUGACAGAUGACAUAGUGACAAGGAUCGAGGAAAGGAUUUCAGCUUGGAGUUUUCUCCCGAAAGAGAUGGGCAGGCGCAUACAGAUAAUGCAUUUCGGGUUGGAAGAAGGUAAACUAAAGUAUGAUUAUUACGGUAAUGCUUCCGUGCCAACACAGGCCAAGAAUUUGAUGGCAACGGUUAUUUUGUAUCUUUCAAAUGUCACUCAGGGUGGGGAGAUACUUUUCCCUGAGUCAGAGUUGAACGGCAAGAGCUGGUCUGAUUGUAGCAAGAGUGAUGACAUCUUGAGACCAAUGAAAGGGGAUGCCAUCUUGUUUUUCUCUCUCCAUCUCGAUGCAUCUCCUGACACGAGAAGCACCCACGCAAGGUGCCCCGUCCUUGAAGGUGAAAUGUGGUGUGCAAUGAAGCUCUUUCACAUACGAGCCCUAGACAGUGAAAAGAUAUCCUUGGACUCUGACAGCGACGGCUGCACUGAUGAGGAUGAGAAUUGUCCGAGAUGGGCUGCCGCCGGAGAAUGCCAAAAGAAUCCUGUAUACAUGGUCGGCUCGCCAGAUUACUACGGGACAUGUAGGAAGAGUUGCAAUGCAUGCUGAUGGCACCCUUACCCGGCUUCGCACCGAAAGCUGAGGUUCUGACUCUCACUUGUCUAUCAUGCAAAAGCGAACUGGCAAAUGUAAAUGGUCGGGAAUAGUCUCAGUUUCUCAUGGACUCCAUCCGAUGCUGAAGAGAGUUUCAGGUUCUCAUGUCUACGUCGGCGGGAAAGCUUCAUGUCAGGAUCUUUUAGAAUAGCAAUCAGUUGCCAAUACGAGACAAAGCUAAUCACGUUACAGACUCUAUACAAGGAUUUGGUCUUAAUGGGGUUUAAUCCCAUCAUUGUAAUUCUUCUUUUGUAUUCAUGAUCCGCUCGAUAUAAGAAUAACAAACAGCUAAAUAAUCUGCUCAUCCGAAAA